AUGAGUGAAAAGGAAUUUCAAAAAGUCACAGAGACUGCAGCAUCUGCUCCUCAAAAACCAAAUCCGUAUGGACCAAAUCCAGCAGACUAUCUGUCCAAUGUGAAUAAUUUUCAACUGAUUGAUUCAACUCUAAGAGAAGGUGAACAAUUCGCGAAUGCAUUUUUCGACACAGAAAAGAAAAUUGAGAUUGCCAAGGCAUUAGACGAUUUUGGAGUUGAUUACAUCGAACUUACAUCGCCUGUAGCCUCUGAGCAAAGUAGAAGCGACUGUGAAGCAAUCUGUAAGUUGGGUUUGAAGGCCAAGAUUCUGACACACAUUCGUUGUCAUAUGGACGAUGCAAGAGUUGCAGUGGAGACUGGUGUCGACGGUGUUGACGUCGUUAUUGGUACGUCAAAAUUUUUGAGACAAUAUUCGCAUGGUAAGGAUAUGAAUUAUAUCGCCAAGAGUGCCGUCGAGGUUAUAGAAUUCGUUAAAUCUAAAGGUAUCGAGAUCAGAUUUUCCUCAGAGGACUCUUUCAGAAGUGAUUUGGUCGAUUUGCUGAAUAUCUACAAAACAGUGGAUAAAAUUGGUGUAAAUAGAGUAGGUAUUGCCGACACUGUUGGAUGUGCCAAUCCAAGACAAGUCUACGAGUUGGUAAGGACGUUGAAGGGUAUUGUUUCCUGUGACAUCGAAUGUCACUUCCAUAAUGAUACUGGAUGUGCCAUUGCUAAUGCGUACACCGCCUUAGAAGCCGGUGCACGCCUGAUCGACACCUGUGUUCUUGGUAUCGGUGAAAGAAACGGUAUUGUUCCAUUGGGUGGUUUGAUGGCAAGAAUGAUUGUUGCAGCACCCGAAUACGUCAAGUCCAAAUAUAAGCUACACAAAAUCAGAGAUAUCGAAAAUCUGGUUGCCGAGGCGGUAGAGGUCAACAUCCCAUUCAACAAUCCAAUUACUGGGUUCUGCGCUUUCACCCACAAAGCAGGCAUCCAUGCAAAGGCCAUCUUGGCUAAUCCAUCGACGUACGAAAUCCUGGAUCCUCACGAUUUCGGCAUGAAGAGGUAUAUACAUUUCGCCAACAGGCUGACUGGUUGGAACGCCAUCAAAUCAAGAGUUGAUCAAUUGAAUCUGAGCCUGACCGACGAUCAAUGCAAAGAAGUCACUACAAAGAUCAAAAGACUAGGUGAUAUCAGACCCCUGAACAUCGAUGACGUAGAUUCCAUUAUCAAGGAUUUCCACGCAGAGGUCAGCACUCCAAAACUGAUUGCUACAAAGAGAGAAAAGGAGGGUACGGCGGACGUCCUUGACUUGCAGGACGAGCCAAAUGCUAAGAAAUCCAAGCAAUAG